AUGAUUCAGUCAAACGAACAAAUCUUCAAUAUGUUUGCGAUGAUAACCAUAUUUGCAUCAGUACACUCGGUGGACGGACAGUAUGAGCCUGCAUAUUUGAAAACAAAUAUGGUUGGAAGCGAUACAAAUACGAAAACUUUCCGUGUUAUUCAAGAACAGACGGCAGCCUUGGCUUUUGAAUGGGAACCAAUGAAACACGACAAUUUCGGUUAUGUCAAGUUGCAUGAAAAUGUAUUCCUUUUGUCUGCGUCGGUGAAAGUUUCUAAAGGCAAUAUAGGUUUAUUGGAAGCCAUUGGUAAACCAUGCGAGGUUUCGAAUUAUCGUGCUGACGGCCAUGAUAAUGGCUACAUCUUUACCGAAUUCAAGACCUAUGGCAUGACCUACAAAAGAGUUCCGAGAAUCAAGAAUGUUCAAAUCCAGUUGAUAUCAAAUGCGUAUCCACACGUGAAGUGGGAAAGAGAAAGAUCAGCCUGUGAAUCAAGUGAUUCGGUCAUCAUAUUCAGUGGAUAUUCAACACAACCGCUGCAGAUGUUUAUCAUCUCGAGUGACCAAGUUGAAUAUCAUAUGAAGGAAUUGCAGACAAAAAAUGGAAUGGAAUUAGUGUUCAUUGUGUUCAACAAGCAUGGGAACCGUUUCUCUCUACCAACGAUGGACAAAACACCAUUGGGAAAAGUGAUCAAAGAACAACCAACAAUCGAAACAAUAGCUGUGAAUGUCACUGUGCCGGACGAAGUCACGACAACGCUCAUGACACUAUCGAAUAACACACAUUCGACAGUACUAGAAAAUAUCAGCAAUUCAUAUGUCUUCAUAGCGACAUUGAUUCUAAUCAUUGUUUUGGUCAGCAUAGUUUCGUUCUUCCUAAUAAAGAAGUUAUAGCAACAACUGUGACGUGUUUUUGUCCGUGUGAACUCUGUGUGUUUAUUUUUUAUCAAACUGUCUAUUUUGUAUUCAUAAACAUGUAAGGCUUUCAUUCACUCUUUUUAAAUAAA